AUGUAUUCCGUCGAAUCCAAACUACCCCGCAUUCGCCUCACAUCGGCGACUGUGAGAUCCCCACCAUUGCGAUCGUCCCUUCGCCCUGAUAAAGCACUCCCGUCUCACAAUUCUUCUCUGGCACUCACAUUCCUAAUCGCAUCCCACAAUCUUUCCGCAGCCAUCGCCACAUCGUAA